AUGACGUGGGAGGGAAUAGUGACGAAAGAACACAGCAAGUAUAGACGGUACCUGGGCAUAUCGGAUCGCAUGGAUGCUCACAUACCACGGGUAGUGAUCCAAGAAACACAUGAAAUAGUGAUGAGGGACAUGGAACCGAAAGAAGACUACGACUUCGUAGAAGACCUUCAAGCCCUAACAGGGUGA